GGAGUGGUGGUCUGCUAUAAUCAGCCUGGACAACAUAGUGAAUUCCAGAAUAGCCUGGCCUAUAGAAAGAGCCUCUUUACCCUCUCACCCUCAAAAUUCACUCUAAACCAAAAGGAAACAAACCAACCCCCCAAUAUAAACAACAACAACAAACCCAAGCUGGAAUUAAUGAGAGAAUAGUCCCUGCCCCCUCGGGAAGGUUCCAGGGAAGAACCCCAGCCCCAUUCCAAGCAAGUCACAAUGGCUGAAGCUCUGCGGGGGACCAGGCAACCCGACCCAGGAGGAGAGGAGGAAGUCCAAGAAGAGAUGGAACAACGACCCAGAGAAACUCGAUGCUCCAGGACUAUUCACUACCUGCCUCCUGCUUUAGAUGCUCAAGGCCCACUCUGUACCACCUCAUCCAUCUUCAGGUCCUUUCUAGCUCCUAGGAGUUCUUCCAUCCUGAAGGGUCCACGAUCUCAGCCUACCACUCACCCUACCUCGUUGCCCAGGCUGUGGUUGCCCUCCUGUCCAAGCUCCUUUCUCCCUAACAGGCUGCCAGUCAUCCCUAUUUCAACUUACCUGACUUCACCCAGCCAUCGCCGCCCUCCACUCCAUCCAGCCUCACUUCGAACCAUCACAAUCGCUGCGGGCCCUCCAAUGCCACCAAAGGCCUGUUUGUGGCCCUGCUGGGUGGAGGCCUGUCUGCUGGCUUCGUGGGCCCAUUCUCCCGUAUGGCUUACCAGACAUCCCAAUUGCCCUCAUUGGAGCUGCUCAUCUUUCGAUGCCUCUUCCACCUUCCCAUCGCUUUGAUACUUAAGUUUCGUGGUGAUCCACUGCUGGGACCUCCUGAUGUUCGGGUUCGGGCCUUCCUUCAUGCCAUUCUCAAUGUCCUCAGCAUUGGCUGUGCCUACAGUGCCGUUCAGGUGGUGCCCGCCGGCAACGCAGUCACUGUUCGAAAAGGUUCUUCCACCGUGUGCUCGGCCCUUCUUGCACUCUGCCUCGAGAGCCAGCGUCUCAGCGGCUAUGCCUGGUGUGGUCUGUUUGGCAGCACCCUUGGACUAAUCAUCAUUGUGGGACCUGGACUAGGGACAUUGCAAGAGGGGACUACUGGCCUCUACACAGCCCUGGGCUAUGUACUGGCUUUCCUGGGAGGUCUGGCUCUGUCGCUGGGGCUGCAGGUUUACCGUUCUCUACACUUCCCCUCCUGCCUACCAACUGUGGCCUUCCUAUUUGGCCUGGUGGGGCUAAUAGUCUCUGUACCAGGCCUCUUUGUGCUACAGACCCCCGUGCUACCACAAGACACUCUGAGCUGGAGCUGUAUGGUGGCAGUGGGGCUCCUUGCGUUGGUUUCCUUUGUAUGUGUAAGCUAUGCAGUCACCAAGGCCCACCCUGCCCUGGUAUGUGCUGUCCUGCACUCUGAGGUCGUGGUAGCCCUGAUGCUGCAGUAUUACGUGCUCUAUGAGACUGUGGCACCUUCUGACAUCAUGGGAGCAGGGGUUGUGUUGGGCAGCAUUGCCAUCAUUACUGCCCAGAACUUCAGUUGUGAUAAGGAAGGGCAAGUGGAGGAGUGAAAUCAAACUUGAGAGCCUGGGGGAGGGUGGGACAGGGGUAAAUAGGAGAGACAGGAAUAAAAACCAUGGAAGAACAAAUGCCUGGCAAAGAACUGGUGUGGAGGACCAGUGAGAAGGCUCAGCAGGUAAAGGCUAGUGCUACCAAGCUUGCUCUCACAUGGUAGGUAGAUGGAGAGAACCGACUUCUACAGAUUAGAUUAUCCUCUCUAUACAUGCGCUGUGGCAUGCUUACACACAGAAUAAAAAAUAUUAAAAAAAAAAAAAAAACAAAAAACAAAA